GGGCGGGCGGCAGAGCCAGCUAGUGGGCCGGGAGAGUGCCAGUGCCGCUGUGUGUGUAAACUGCUCCUAACAGGCAAAUGCAUUAAAUUGUUCUAGCGUAAUAACAUAAGAGCAGAAGGCCACUCUUAACAGAAGUUGUAGGCACGUGACGUGGCACCAUGGCGCCCUUCACAGAACUGUACGCAAAGUUCCGUGGGAUGCUGCAAGAGUCCUGGCAGACAAGCGAAGUAAUGGCCCACUUUGAGCCCACUAGCACGCUGGACACCAUGUUCCGGUACCUAUGGCUUCGGCCAGAGGCGCAGCAGGUGCUCGUCCCACCUCCUGGCAACUCCCGUAUCAGCAGAAAGGGAGCCAUCGAAUCAGAGAAGUUCCGGAAUGAGGGAAACCGUCUUUAUCGAGAACGGAAGCUAGAGCAGGCGCUGCUGGCGUACAAUUACAGCAUACUGGCGGCACCGCAUUUGGCCACGAGAGACUCAGCCCUAGCAGACUCCACUCCUGAGCAGGAGAGCCUGGCCCUGGCAUAUGCCAACCGCUCUGCUGUUCUGUACGAGAUGGGUCAGUAUGAGUCUGCUCUUGCAGACAUUCAGCGCUCGCUCACGUGCGGGUAUCCACCUCCCAGAAGACAUCGACUACAUGAGCGACAAGCAAAGUGUCUUCACAUACUUGGAAGAGGACAGGAGGCAAAAACUAUCCUUGCGGAAACUAUGAGCAUGCUCUCUUCAUUGUCUUUAAAUGAAAAAGAGGCAGCAACUGUAAAGAGCUCGCUCACCAAGCUACAGGCAAAGUGUGAGACCAGCUCAGACUCGACACCUGCCACGCACCAAUACGAGCAGGUGUUUUAUACAGGUCCAGCACAGCCCCCACCGGUGUCCUCCCCGCAACCUGACGUGCCCUGCCUCAGCGACGCCCUCAGGAUACACUACACUCCCAUCCGAGGCAGACAUUUGGUAGCCAGCAGGGACAUCCAACCAGGCGAGGUGCUUGUGGUAGAAGAGGCCCUGGCGGCCGUGGUGAAGCUGGACAGUACUCUCAGGUCUCACUGUUCUCACUGUCUGCGUCGCUGCCCAGUCCCACUCCCAUGCCCCUCCUGCUCCCUGGUAGUAUUCUGCAGCGAGGAUUGUCUGCAUGCUGGUGUUGAUGGUGGCCACGGUGCGGAAUGUAGAGUUCUCGCAGUCCUGGUGGCCCUGCAGCUGGACCCCGCUGCAGCUCUUGCUCACAGGAUUCUGGCCUCCACUACGCUCACCGACCUUCGCAACACAUUGGCCACCAUCCAACACGAAGGUUGUGGAAGAGGCACACGACCUAUGAUGCAAGUUGCACACGAUUAUCGUACCUUAUACCACUUGGAAGGACACACCACAGCCCGUCCAGAGUGUCAGCUACAAGAAGCAGCUGCUGUUGCGUGUGUUCUAACACACAUCCUUAUAGAACAAUGCCCCACUUUCUUGAAAGACCAAAACGGCCAUCCAGUUACAGUCACCCAAGAAGAUAUUGUAUUAGUGGGCGGGCAAAUAAUGCGCCUCAUCUUGGGUCUGGAGUGCAAUGUCCAUGGCACUAAAGAAAUCGUAGUUAGUAAUGGGGAAGAGGAAGGCAACAUUGGGAAGAAUCGAGGACAAGAAGUGGGUUGGUCAGUGUAUUCUGCUCUUAGCCUGGUAAACCAUUCAUGCGUCCCCAAUACCCUGACCACCUCCCUAGGUAGCACUAAGUUCUUGUACAGUGUAAGUAUCAUUCCACAAGGAGCAGAGAUCACAGACAGCUAUGGAGAGCGAUACGUCAGUCACAGGCGCACAGACAGACGUGCAGCACUUCAGCAACAUUAUUUCUUCUGUUGUAGUUGUGCUGCCUGUCAAGCAGAUUGGCCACUCUUCCACGAGUUGCCGAUGAAGCCAAGUAUGAGAUGUCCCUCAUGCUGCCAAGCACUCAAUGGGUUCACUUGCAGGAUCUGUGACUUGGUAUGUACAACAGACGCCAUGACUGAGGCGGGUGUUCAGCUCUAUGAUGCACCUAAAACUCAAGUGCAAAUGAAUAAAUAUUGGGCAGAGUAUAUAAAAGCCUCGGUACAGAUCAAUAACGGCAAGGUCUCUCCAAGCCUAAUGGGCAUAGUUGUAAAUCUGUUGAUGUUACUUUUAAGUAUACUGUCCACCCCAACCAGGCUUAUGUAAGUGCCCAAGAAACACUAAUGACUUGCUUUGACCUGAUGGGUUCUGUCCACCUUGUAAGUAAGACAACAUGCAAGUAAUAAGUAAUAUUACAAUUCAUAUAUACCUGUAGCUCGUUUUCCCAAGAAAUACAAUAUCAUAUUUAUUGCUAAUGUUUGAUUAAUAAUAUUUAGUACUUACUAUUAUAGGCUCUGCAUCAUAGGACACUACUAAUACCAAAAUCUUAUUCUCUUCUUUUACCAAUUUUAAUACAGUUAGGUUAAUUAGAAUCAUGCCUCUUACUCAACUGAUAACUUAUGUCACACUGUACAAUUUUAAGCUAAAUAAAGAAUUUCAAUUUCAA